GUCUCACUAUAAACAUAAUCUGAUUUGAUAUACCGAUUUUGGAAGAUUAAAAAAAAUAAAAAAAUAAAAAUUGGAUUUUAAUAGAGUUAUUUAUCUAUUACAAUUGUUAGAAUUAAGUAACAACAGAUGAUGACGAUACUGAUUUUGAUCCAAAUUAUAAAGAAGAAAGUCCAGAUUCUGAAGACUCUAACUCAAAGGGACAUCAAAGAGACUCAAGUGGCCUUCAAAGAAAUGAAGAUAAUGAGCUUGGAGAUGACCCAGACGAGCCACCACCAAAAAGAGCGAAACAUCCUGGACGUAAAAAAAUGAGAAGAUUCAACGUAUGGAAAAGAAACAUUUCUCAUAAAAAAUGCAAUGAAGGUGAAUCUUAUGUCGAUAAAAAAGGUAUCCACCAUGAAAAGAAGCAAGUAAGAGAAUGUAUUCAUAAUUGUAGGUUUAAGUGCAAUGACAGAGUCAGUGAACAAGAAAGGCAAAACAUUUUCAAACAAUAUUGGGAACUUGGAAGCUGGGAGCUCCAAUCUGCCUCUCUAAAUUCAUCAAUCAAAGUAAAAGAACCUCGAAGGAAGAAAAAAACCGGACCACGAUCAAAAACUUUGAGUUGCCAAUUUUUUUUCCUUGACAAGAGAGUUUGCAAAAAAUUCUUUCUCUGUACUCUUAAUGUAACUAACAAACAAGUGACAAAUGUAAUUGAUAAAAAGAAGAAUUCUACCACUGGAAUUGCUCCUAGGGACAAAAGAGGACACAAAGUUCCUGGAAAUAAGAUUUGUGAAGAGAAAAUUGAAUUUGUGAAAGAGCAUAUUCGUACUUUUCCAAAAUACACAAGCCAUUACUCUCGCACCAUUACACAUGCUCCAAAUAGGAAGUACCUAAGUUCCAAUUUGAACAUCAAAAAGUUGUACAACCUCUACAAAGAAAGCUGCAUUGAACAUGCAGUAGAGCCAGUGAAAGAAAGCUACUAUCGUAAUAUCUUUAAUAUUGAAUUUAACCUGAGCUUUCACAAACCGCAAACUUACACUUGCAUCACAUGUGACAGACUUCAGAACACGAUUGAUAAUGGGCCGCCAGAUGAACAAAACAAUGCUGUUAUACAAAAGGAGUUACAUCUGCGGAAAGCAGAUUUGGCAAGGCAACAAAUAACGGACGCUAAAGAAGCUGUUAAAGAUGAUGCAAGUCAAUUAGUGAUUUGUUUUGACCUGCAAAAGAUGUUACCGUCUCCAGUUUUGACUUGCUCAAAGGUUUACUAUUCACGGCAAUUGUGGACUUACAAUUUUUGUGUACACAAUUUGGGAAAUGACAAUGCCAGCAUGUUCAUGUGGCAUGAAGCCCAGGCCACUAGGGGUUGUGAGGAGAUGCUUUCUUGCCUAUUGCGACUUGUGAGUACACUGCCAACAAGAGUAAAGAAAAUUACAAUGUUUAGUGAUAAUGCAGGUGGGCAGAAUAAAAGCCGCUUCACGGUAAAGUUUUGGAUGUACAUAGUACGUACUACACACAUCGAAGAGGUGGACCACAAGUACCUAUUAUCUGGCCACUCGUUUAAUGAUUGUGACAGAAAUUUUGGUACUAUUGAAAGAGCCCGCAGGAAUAUUGGAACAGGAAUAUUUGUGCCAGAGCACUGGAUGGAUGUAACUGCUAAAUCUUCCAAGAGAUUUUUAGUAGUUAACAUGAAAGAUCAGGAUUUUAUUUCUUUGCAGCCUUUGGAAGAUCAUUAUGUUAAAGCAGUAACAGGUAUUCGUUGUAUGCAAUGGUUAAAGUUUAAGAAGUCAGAUCCUGACACACUCUUCUACAAGACAACUUUCAAUACGGAUAUGCCUUUCUCUAAGUAAAACAUGAAGCCUAAAGAGGUUCCAACUCAACGAGUUCCACGACAACUAUCUGCCAAGAAUGCUGCACCAGGAAUAAAAGCAAGCAAGUACAAAGACUUGAAGAACUUGCUUCAGUUUAUCCCACCACAAUACCAUGCCUUCUACAAGUUUUUGCCAGUUCAGCGGGUACGGCAACAACCUCGAAGGGGAGCGCCAGUGCCAACCAAUGAUGAUGUUGGUGAAAUCGAAGAAGAAGAUGGACCCGAAGAUGUUUUGGAAAGUGACUCUGACAUUGAAUAGUUAAUUUGGACAAUGUAGCAACUCUCAGAAGUUUUUUCAUGUAUAUUAAAGUUGUUUUUUCACUCUCUUUA